CAAGUUAUAUGUCAAUCGGAUGUGUCAGCGACUAAGCUCAUUCAUCCCCGCGGCCGGAAGUCUUGGACUAAUGAGCACGUCUGUCUGCCUCAGUCCGGAGCGGAGCCGGGGCUGAUUGACCAAUAGCGUCCACGAGCUGGUGUAGUUACUGUCGGGAUAAAGCUGGGGGCGGAGCUAGUAGUGAUAUGAAUGGGGUUGGGGUGCCGAACGACGGACGGUAUCCUCCGCAGCUUUUAUCACUGGACACUAAGGGUUAAGUAUUAAGUAAGUUGGCUGGGAUGUAGUUGCCCAAGUGGGCAAUUGGCAGAAACUUAUCUGUCGUUCUUGCCAAGACUAGGUUGGAGUAUUUAGAGAGCGAAUGAGUCGUAAGCUGCGUUCACUUCGAAUUUGUCCUCACUUUGUCUUCGUUGAGAGCCUUCAACUACCGACCUGUGAAUUUUGGAUUAGAGAUUGGGUUGCGUUGGGGAAUCAAAAACUAUGAGAUUUGCGUCUUUAUUCGGCUUGGCAGCCGUCGGUUGGCAUUCGGUCGAUGUGCUAGCUUGUGGUGGGCAUAAACAUGAUGAGAGGGAAUGGACGCAGGAGGAGCUAGAGGAGUUGGAUCGGAAAUGGGGGACUGAGUGGGGCUUCACAGGCAUCGGCUCCUUCGCCCACCUCCCCCACACCAAGUGCCUCACCACGCCCAGCACCCACUUCGACAUCGCCAUCCUGGGCGCCCCCUUCGACACAGCCGUUAGCUACCGGCCCGGCGCACGCUUCGGGCCCCGCGCCAUCCGGCAAGCCUCGGCCCGACAAACAUCCUUCCGGGGCUUCAACCCGCGUGCGGGAAUCAACCCCUACGCGAGCUGGGCCACUAUCCUCGAUUGCGGCGACAUCCCCAUCACGCCCGUGGACAACACCGUCGCGCUGGAACAAAUGACGCAAGCUUUCACCGAGCUCGGUGCCCGGUCUCCGGUGUCGAAUCUGUUAAGGAAGCCGAGGUUGGUUACGUUGGGAGGAGACCAUAGUCUAGCCUUGCCGGCGCUGAGGGCGCUAAGGGAACACUAUGGGGGCUUGAGAGUGCUGCAUUUUGAUGCCCAUCUGGAUACGUGGCACCCGGCGAAGUACCCUUCUGCCUGGCCAUCGACGCAGAGCCAUUUUAAUCAUGGGUCUAUGUUCUGGCUCGCGGGGCAGGAAGGGUUGUUGUCUAAUUCGAGCAGUUCGCCUAAUGUGCAUGCUGGCUUGCGCACAAGGCUCCAGUCGUUGGAAGACUACGAGGAUGAUGAUGCGCAGAAUUGGGUGCGUAUAUCGAGUGAUGAUAUGGAUGAUUUCGGCACGGCGGGGGUUAUCAAAUCUAUUAUGGAUACGCUGGGAACGGAGGAUCCGGUGUAUUUGAGUGUUGAUAUCGACGUCCUGGACCCGGCGUUUGCGCCCGGGACGGGGACCCCUGAGCCGGGGGGUUGGACGACGAGGGAGUUGAUUCGCGUGUUGAGGGGGAUUGAAGGGUUGAAUUUGGUAGGGGCCGACGUGGUGGAAGUUUCACCGGCUUAUCAGGGGGCCGGGGAGGAGACGGCACUCGCGGCGGCGCAGGUGGUGUUUGAGGUCGUUACUAGCAUGGUGAAGAGGGGAAUGGGGGAGAUGGGGUUGGAGGGUGCGAACAAGUCUGGAAAGGAGGAGGGGAAGGAUGAAUUGUGAGGGAAUCAAAGAUGCGAUGAUUGCGAGCGAGCUUGGGGAUGGGAUAGGUGGGUAUGUGGCUGAUGGAAAAUUGGUGGGAUAUCUGAGGGCCUUUGGUCAGGGGCUGGUCUAGGGCUGGAUUCGGGAAUUUCAUCGGUGACGAAAUCUUCGCGCAUUUGAUCCUUCGGCGUGUCCUUUGUGAAUCAUGUCUAACAAACUUUCAAGUGACCAUUAGCUAGAGUAGCCGAGGCUCAUCGGAACAGCAUGGCCCAGACCGACUUGUAAUCUAAGGAUUUUAUACCCCUUUUAUUUCUCUUCUCAAGGUAUACUUAUUCCUUGCAAGGUCAAAGUGGAAAUUGAU